AUGACCUCGAUUGCGCCGGUGCCGGCAUUGCCUGCAUCGCUCAUCAAUGGCGUCCACCUCAAAGACCCGGGAGCUGAGGCCGUCCUAGAGAAAUACAGGAUUGAACGCUCCAAGCGUAUCCGGUCUGACGGCCAAUCCCAAUAUGUAUUCUCCCCGCUGGCCGAGUCUUACCGGGAAUUCUUCAAGGACAUCUGGGUGGACGACAGUCUCCCAGACCCGGGUCGGGACUCUGUCCAAGAUGGGUCCUACCACGAAUUCCUCAUCCUCGGGGCUGGAUACGCCGGCCUCUCCAUGGCCGCCCGUCUGAGACAGAUCGGAGUUGACGCAAAUGAUAUCCGGCUAGUGGACUCUGCUGGUGGAUUCGGAGGAACUUGGUGGUUCAACAGGUACCCCGGACUCAUGUGCGACAUAGAAAGUUAUAUCUACCUCCCGCUGUUGGAAGAGCUGGAUUACAUGCCGAAGCACAAAUACUCUUACAGCCCGGAGCUACGGAGACACGCUGAGAAAAUGGCGGAGCGUUACGACCUGGUCGACAGGGCACUCUUCCAGGCCAGAUUGGACAGUACCACAUGGGAUGAAUCCACGAAACGAUGGACCACGAAAGUUGUCUCCACCAAGAACGGGGAGUUUGGAAGAGAAAUAACUGUCCACUCUCGCUUCGUCGUCCUCGCCGGAGGCCCCGUCAACCUGCCGAAAGUUCCACGACUCAGGAACCUGGAAGCAUACAAAGGCCACAUGUUCCACACGGCGAGAUGGGACUACAAGUAUACCGGUGGUACGGAAGAGAAGCCAGACCUGACCAACCUACGGGACAAGUCAGUGGCUAUCAUUGGCACGGGCGCCACAGCUAUCCAAGUGGUGCCCGAGCUGGCGAAAUGGGCGAAGCAGCUCUACGUGUUUCAAAGGACACCCUCCGGUGUAGAAGUCCGGGGCCAGUGCGCCACCGAUCCGACCUGGUGGGAUGAAAAAGUCCGAAGCAAAAAGGGUUGGCAGGAGGAACGCCUGCUGAACUUUGCCAGCUUCUUCAGCCUGGGUCCGCUACCGGAAACGAACCUCGUCGACGACGGCUGGACUCAUUUCCGAUCGUACGCCGCCAUGGUUGGCUGCGAGGACGCGCCCACCUCGCCGGAACAGGUCGAGGCCUACGUGAAACGGUUACAUGCCGUCGACCUGCCGCGACAGGAGCGGGUCCGGGCUCGGGUGGAUGAGAUCGUGAAAGACAAGGCAACGGCCGCCGAUCUCAAGGCAUGGUAUCCCAGUUGGUGUAAGCGACCUUGCUUCCACGACGAGUAUCUCCAGUCCUUCAACAAGCCCAACGUCAAGCUGGUCCACACCGACGGCCGCGGCAUCGACACACUCACCGAGAAUGGCGUGUAUUUUGACGGUAAGGAAUACCCGGUCGACGUCAUCAUCUUCAGCACCGGCUACGACAUCGCCAUCGGCAUGAGCCCUGCGGGACGCUCCUCGGUCAAAGUCACGGGCCGGAACGGCGUUGACCUCGACGACAAAUGGGCCCACCGCCUCGCCACCCUGCACGGCUGCAUCAGCAACGGCUUCCCCAACCUGUUCUUCCCGGGCCUGUCGCAGAUCGGCGGCAUCCCCAGCCAAUCGCUGACGGUCGACCACGUCGCCCAGCACAUUGCCUGGAUCCUGCAACGCGCGGCCCAGGUCCACGGGGGUUCGCGAGCCUUCACCAUCGAACCCUCCCUCGAGGCCGAAGAGGAGUGGAGCCAGAAGAUCGCCGCGGGCGCCAUCGCCUUCACCGCCGCCGCCGACUGUCUGCCCAGUUACUUCAACCGGGAGGGCGACUUGAUGCGCAAGGCGCAGGAGAGUCCCGAGACCCUCAAGAACUUGGCCCGAGCCGGGUUCUGGUCCAAAGGAUUUCUCGAUUUUCUGCGCGAGCUGGACGAGUGGAAGACCAGUCGGCCGUUGGAGGGGGUGGAAGUGACUCUGGAUUAG